GCACGCCUCACAGCAAACGAUAGUUAGAAUGUGGUAAUUCUCCGUUAGUCCUUUCUCCCCGGAGGGUAACGAGGGUAACCAUGUUUGGAGAGACCAGGCGCACUGACGAAACGUCGAAUACCUCCCUCAUCAAUGACAUCAAUGAAAUCAAUGAAGAGACAGAGCAAACUCCAUGCAGACAUCGUCGAUUACCAAAAUCUCAGAUCAUUGUUCUCAUUGCAGGGAUCCUCAUCUCUAACUUGUCAACAGCUAUCGACUCGAGUCUCUCGGCGUCUUCCCAUGUGUUCGUUGCAUCCGCCUUCGACCGAACCAAUCUCUCGUCGUGGCCGGUCAACGCCUUCCUUCUAAUGUCCACCACCUUUCAACCACUGUAUGCCCGGGUGUCGGACCACCUCGGCCGUAAAACACCAUACCUCACGGCAUCAGCCCUUUUCCUCGGCGGCCUACUGCCUUGGUUCCGUGCUCGCUUGACGGCCAUGAAUGGGAUCAAAGAUGACCAGAAAACCGCCUUUCUUCAGAACUACGACUGGUGGGGAUCCAUGCUCCUGAUAAUGUACCACACAGCCCUAUACUUCCAAUCCGUCCUCCUCGAGCCACCCCAAAAGGCCAGCCUACACCUCCUCAUCCCCUCCCUCGCCUUCACCCUCACCAGCGCGACAACCUCAUCGAUAAUCGCACGACUAAAGACGCCCGCGCAUACCCUCCACGCAAGCCAGGCCCUCCUCGCCCUCCGGACCUUAGCCCUGUUUGUAGUUGUGGCAUGCACCUCCGCCCACACCCGUCUGCCGGAAUCCAUCUAUAACUUGGCCCUGCUCCUCCCAACCCUAGGCGUGGGCAUGAUGACCCCCAGCGCGGUAUUGACGCUGCUAAGCUCCUCCACGAAAGAGGACCACGCCGUGGCGAACGGAUGCUUUAUUAUGAUGCGCUCGCUGGGGGUGUUCGUGGCUGUUGCUGCGGGGACGACGACCUUGCAGAAUGUUUUUGAGGGGACGGUGGCAGCAGCGCAGCAGACAAUCGAGGGGUCAUCUCGAGAGAUGAUCGAUUCAGCCCGCCACACGAUCGACAUGAUACCUACGCUGCCGGAGCCGGAGCGCUCGAUUGUGGUCGAGGCCUACGCCGCAGCCUUCGCAGCCCUAUUCGGUAUCUGCGUGAUAUCGGCCGGCUUGAUCGUGCUCAGCCUGAAAGGGGUCCGUGUGCAGGCACUUGAGUUCGGAGAGUAUGGCAAGCAGGCUGGGUCUGAGACGGCUGAAGAAGAGGGGAGCUUUGAGAUGGAGAGAGCCAGGCCUUAG